AUGUUGGAAAUGUGGUAUAAUGGGUUCGAGCAACAGCUGUGGGUCAGCAAUACUUGGGGCGCGGAAACACCUGGCGGUGCGCCCGGCAAGUGCCCGCGUCGCGUCACGUCAGCCCGGUUGAGCGCCGCCCCCGACUACGAGCUAUCGAUCGGCGCAGUCGGUCGCGGGGCGGCGCUGCUGCGUCGAGGCGUGCACCGCAACGCCGCCCUGCGCCGGCCGGGGGCACCAACUGGAGCGCGGCGCGGGCGCAGCGUCCCGGGCGGCGGACGCCGGCGGCGGCGGAGGCGGAGGCGGCGGCGGCGGUGGCCGCGCCAGUGCGCGCGACGCCCCCGACCGGCCAGCACGCGCGCAGCUGGACCGCCGCCACGUGCACCGUACAGACACUGCCCCCGCCCGACACACUCUCUCUCGGUCGCCGGCGCCGCCGUCUCCGCCUCCCCCGCCGCCUCCGCGGACGCCGCCGUGCGUCUCCCAGUGCGAUCCCGCGCGACAGCCCGAGCCCCGUCCCCACGGACCGCACGCGGCUCUCGGCAGACAGACCCGCGCCCGCCGCCGCCGCCGGCGCUGCGCCCUCGUGCCCUGAGAACAUUAAAUUGUGGCUGCUUCGAUCUUGUCGUCUCUGGGGGCUGCCAUGUUAUGCGUAUUCAGACACACACGCACACCCACGGACCGGCCCGCAAGUUGUCGCCGUCAUCGGCAGGGCAGGGCACGGUGCGGCGGCGCCAGAGAGAUGAAAGCAGACUGGCACUGACAAGUCAGAUCGAAUUACGCGGCGUGGGAGGCGGCAGCCGGGGGCGGCUCCCGCCCACGCGACCUGCCGCCGCCCAGGGCCCUGUGAGCCAGCCGCACCGCUGCCCCGUCCUGCGAGAGCGUGUCUAUCGCGCUGACGGCGGCGGCGGCGGCGGCGGGCUGCCAGCAAAUCUCGCGACGCCGGCCGCCCAGGGGCGCCCCCAUUACGGCCCGCGACAAAUACCCCAGCAGCGCACUUCUCACCGCCCGUCCAGCUGCGCCGCUGUCAGGUUGUAA